UCUUUAAUAAAAAAAGACAACUACUUAUUUUCUUCUGUUUGCUGUGGUGUGGGCUGGGACAGGUAAUUAAUAACAGCCAACAGAAGAAAAUAAAACGACGGCUAGUAGCAUUAAAACAGGCCCUGCUCUGCAUCAUCAUUAAGAUUUUCAUAUCAAAAUCAACAUAUGUCCCACUUUUAAUUUAAUUAAGUAUUUUCUACAGCAAUUAAUAAAUACAUAAAUAAAUAUGAUGAUAUAAUACAUAUAGAGAGAGACAGACAAUAAGUAAUUAAUAAGAGAAAGAAAGAGUUUGCUAUUAUUAUUUUGAGAGGAUAUUGCCUUUGGUCUUAAUUAGUAGAUUAGAUUAGUGGCAAGCUUUUAUCUGAGUUUUUAUAACACUUCUUUCUUUGCUACUCUUCAACAAUGGCCAAUGUUCACACAAAGUUUACUACUCCUACACCUCCUCAUUUUUUCAAGAUUAUUCUUCAGAAAACUCUUCAUGACAACAAGAUACAAAUCCCAAAGACAUUUUGGGUGAAACAUUGUGGGUCUUUAUCAAAUCAAGUAUUUCUUAAACUACCAUGUGGAUCAACAUGGGAGGUAGGACUAACAAAAACUAGUGAUGGAAAGAUUUGGAUAGAAAAUGGUUGGAAUAAAUUUGCACAACAUUGUUCUUUAAGUUAUGGAAAUUUCUUAGUUUUUCGAUAUGAAGGAGACUCUCAGUUCCAUGUUAUCAUAUUUAACUUAACCACUACAGAGAUAGAUUAUCCUUCUAAUCCUAACAAUUUGGGGAACCAUAAUGUUGAGUCUACUGAAGUCUUGGACAGUUUUCCAAGGAAUUCUAAAACCAGUGACAAGUCUCCAUUACCAUGUUCUCAGCUCCACAAGAAAAUUAAAACUAGUGUUUCUUGUAAACCACAAAGCAACAACCUAUCUCUUCCUAGAAUAUCUACACCCAAAGUUAUGGAAAAAGAAAGCUUAUCAAGUAAAGUAGACAAAUCUGCCCCGAAAAGAUACCAGAAACCGUCGUCUGACAUUGAGAAGCAUAAUGCUGAUGAUACUAAAGAUGGUAUUUCAAUUCAAGCCAUGGACAAGUCUCCAAUACCAUGUUCAGCUAGGCCCCACAAGAAAAUGAAAACUAGUCCUGAUUAUGGCACUAAAUCUAAAGUCAUGAAGUGGGAGUUUUCUGAUAAAGAAUGUGGAGAAUCUUCCCUACCAGAGUGGAUGAAACCUGAAAUCUUUUUAAGUAGACAGAUUUUGAGUGCUAAUGAAAAGGCUGAAGCUGUCAAGAGAGUUAAAGAUUUUCAAUCUAAAGACCCCUUUUUCAUGGUUUACAUACAACCAUCAGCUGUUGGAGCUAACUAUAAUGUGAUUAUACCUUCUAUCUUUGCAAGUCAAUACCUCCUCAACAACAUCAAUAAGCAUGGAGAUGUGAUACUUAAGGUUGAGGAUGGAAGGACCUGGUCUGUUAGAUACUGUUUUUCACGGCGGAAAAGAGCUUCUAAAACCAAAUUCCAGCGCGGUUGGAAGGCCUUUGCUCAGGAAAAUGAUUUGAAAGUAGGUGAUGUUUGUGCCUUUGUUUUGAGAGAGAGCAUUGGGAUAAUGUUAUUUGAAGUAGUUAUUUUUUGUGGAAAUGGAGUACAAAAAUCAGCCAUGCCAAAAUCUUGCAACAACACCAUGAUGAUCAAUAGAAGAAGUGGCCUAAAACAAACUACAGUUCUUGAAAGAGGAAGCUCUUCUCAAUCCGAAAGGCCAUCCUUCACAGUUAUUAUGCAUGAAACUUAUGCAACUGGUCAUUGUUAUUUUGUCUUGCCAUACAAGUUUGUGGAGAAAUACAUUAAAAAGAAAGAAUGUGAGGUAAGACUUUCGCUUCCAGAUGGUAGAUGUUGGUUUGUCCAAUUGAAGGUGAGGCAGGCAAAUGCAUGUCCAAGAGCUGAAUUGUGCCGAGGCUGGAGAGAAUUCGCGUUGGAUAAUAGUCUGCAAGCGGGUGAUAUCUGCAAGUUUGAAUUAACUAUUGACAAUGGCAAUGAAGUUUCAUUUAAAGUUUCCAUUGAUAAGGAUUAUGAUUAUGAUGAUGCAUAUAACAAGAAAGUUGCAAAUAAGAGAAAAGCAAUUACACCUUCCAAGCUAAAGAAAAAUCCUUCUGUGAAAGUUGAAUCUUCUUUUGCUCAUAACAACAUGAAUAUAAAGAAAGAACAAGUGGAAAUUAAAGUUGAACCUAAUAUUUCAGACAUGACUAUGAAACUGAAAUCUGACAAUCAAGGCAGAGCUUCUAAGGUAGCCAGCAAAUUCUUCUCAAACAAUCCUUACUUCCAUGUGGUUUUGCGAUCAAAUCACGUGUAUGGAUUUAAAUUGCCUUUUCCGAGUAAAUUUGCAAGCCAACAUUUAGAGGGAAAGGGUCAAGUUAUGAGUCUUUGGGUUGGUGAGAAAUAUUGGGAUGUGAAGUUAAUGCAUUUUAAAUCAACAUAUGAGUUUGGUGCUGGAUGGAUUGCAUUUGCAGUAGAAAACUCUCUCAUGCCAAAAGAUGUGUGCGUCUUUGAGCUAAUUAACAACAAUCAAGCUGAGAUGAAAGUUCACAUAUUUAGAGAAAGUGAUUUGGCUCAAGAGUAGUAACUUUUGGUUUGUUGUAAUUAUGCAAGUCACGAGAAUCAUUUUGGGAGCAAUGACAUAGAUUAGUUUAGCUGAAGGUUUUUCUUUUGAUGUGUAUUUUAGAGUUUAUUGUGAAUUUAUGAUACUAUUGUUAAGUCCCCAAGUGAUGAUUUCUCCACAUCGCUUGGAAAUACACUUUACCACCCUUGUUUUUAUAUAAAUAUUUACUAGUGCAAGCUUGCUUUUUCACUUUA